AUGUAAAUUAGAUGUACUUAAGCAGAUCAUCUAAAUCAAUAAAUAAUUGGGUUUUGUAUAGAUAGUACAUGCCCAAAUUAAAGACCUUAUUGUAAUUUUUGUUUGCCUCGCCAUAGCGAACAUCUUGAAAUGUUAACAUCCAUAGAACUUUUGUUUGAAUGGAUUUAGAAAGGAAUCAUUAGGAUAAAAAACGUUGAAAAGAAUGUUUAAGAGUUUUAAGUCACCCUUGAUAGUCUUAAUAAUUUGUUCCUUCCUUAUCUUAACUUUAAUAUUUAACAAUUCCCAUAAUUAGGAGUAUCGCAGAUUGACAAAUUAAUCAAAGAUUUAUGUAAAAUGGAAGAUUGUGAACAAAAUUUAUUCAAAUAACUUAAACAAUCAAUUGAAUAAGGAAAAUUAAUUUUAAACGAAAUACUUAAAAGAAUAAAGAAUUAAUCAUUUUUGGAGUAAAAUGAUCCUAUAUUAAAACCAAACCUAAAACCAUUUACAUAUGAAUUAAUUAAAAAUAAUUCUAUUAAGUAAGAUGAAAAUUGUUAUGCUAUUGCUUAUAAUAAAGAUUGUUAAAUUGUAGCACUUGGUUGUGAUUAUCAAAUAAAUAUAUAUGAAUUUAAGUAAGGAAUGUUGAAAUUACUACAAGUCUUAAAUGAACAUUCAGAAUGGGUAAGCACUUUAUAUUUCAUGAAAAAAUCAAAUGAAUUGAUAUCUGGAGAUGGAGAUGGUGAUGGAUCUAUUAUAAUUUGGUCAAGCAAUAAUAAUUAAUGGAAUUGCUCAUAAACUAUUUAAGCACAUAAUAAAGCUAUUCGAUGUUUAAUUAUGAAUAAUAAUGAAGAUAUUUUUAUAUCUAGUAGUACUGAUAAUACUAUUAAAUUUUGGAAUAAAUAAAAUGAAUGGAUCUGUUAAUAAACUAUCACAGAUCAUACUAGUUUUGUUUAUUAAUUAAGUUUAAAUGAUUAAUAAAAUAAAAUUAUUUCUUGUGGUAAGGAUGAACAAAUAUUAAUAAUUGAAUAUUCUGAAUAGAAUAAAAAGUGGAUUGUAAUUCAAAAUAUUCAAGUUGAAUGUUAUGGAUAUCGAAUAUGCUUUAUCAACAAUAAUUAAUUCACAUUUCAACCUAGAUAAGGCAAGUAGAUGCAUGUCUAUAAAAAGAAUAGUGUAAAUCAAUAGUUUACUAAAACAAAAGAUAUUAUUGUAAAUGAAUAUGAUUUUGAUUUAAGGGGAUUAUUUCCAUAAUAGUUUAUUAAAUCAAAAUAAUUACUAGUGAAUAAGCAUGGUAAUUGUGUCAAUUUAAUCAGAAAGACAUAAAAUGAGGAAUUUAAAGUUGAAUAAUCUAUUCAAUUUGGUAAUUAUUAUAUAUAUGGAUAAAUGAGUGAUGAUGGAGAAUAUUUGAUAACUUGGGAUGAUUCAUCUUAAGAAAUAUAAAUCAGGAAAUAUUAAGAAAAAUGA